AUGAUAGACCUUCUUCCUCUUGUUCGUUAUGUUCCAGCUGCGGAGGCUGAUUCCAAUGGUUUCGCACUGGGCGACGGGGAUUGGGUAGACUCUGAUCUCAAGGAUGUUCGUCUAGAGGAACACAACUCUAGAUGCUAUUUCUGUUUAGAAGAUUUUGAACCGCCGGAGACAAAGUCGUCGCAAACAUUGGUACAGUCACGGUCGGAUGGUGCAGAUCAUGAACCACUCAGACAGUAUCUCUGUGGUCACGUCUUUCACAAAUACUGCGCGGAUAGGUGGAUGCACGAUAACCUGAAAUGUUUCUUGUGCAAAGCGGACUUGUAUCUUCCUGAAGCUACCGAAGAGCGCCCAGAUUGGUCUGCACUGUUCAAACUUGUCCGUGGACAGGAUCGUAUUAUCCGUAGGACCGUCAAUGUGGACCUUCUACAAACGUUCCAAUAUUCAUGGUACAUGCAGUGA